GGGGUCGAGAUCGCGCUCGGUGCGGUCGCUCGAGUUUUUUUUUGGUGCGUGCUUGUGUGUGAAUACGUGCGUGUUUCAGGCGGAACAAAACCGAAACCGCCGCCGGUUGAGGUGAAAAUCUUUCCCAAAGCAAGUUCUAGCUUAAAACCCUCGGUGUUAUGCUGGUCCGUUAUUUGCACGCCUGUUCCAUCCACUUCCGGUCCUGAAUAUCCCGGUGAAUCGGCUAAGAAGGUGGGCAGCAAAAGUGAGCGGAAAAUACGGAGCCGUCGUGGGCCACGAUUUUACCGGCGUACAGCCGCGCAUCCGCUCUGUUGUGUAUAACCGCCGUUUGCAUAAGGGAUCCCCGUUUGCGCGUGUGUUUGCUGUUCGUGGUGUGUGCCUGGUGUUUGCGUGCCUGUGUUUGCGUCCACGGAACAAACGGCACGGAUUAUUACAGAUGCUCGUCCCGUAACACAGGGAGCAAGUUUCAGGUUGUGAAUAGCGGAAGCCAAGCUAGAAGUGAUUUUACACAAGAAGUGCAUAGUUUGAACCCCACCCAUCCCCAUCGCAACAUACGGUGCGUUCCAAGAAUCGCCGAUCGACGUGAAAGGUGAUCGCUCUGGUGCACGUGGAUCACUCCUGUUGCCAACCCGUCUCGGGUUCAUCGGUUUUCAAUAUGUGCCUCUAGGUGCGCGUGGAUCAGCUUGUGGUUCCCCCAGGGACUGCCUCGUUCACACAUCUUUCUUGGCAAACCGGAAAAAUAGAAGAAAUUCAUUAAUAAAAAGUUGCAUCCCUUACAGCAGCUGUUUGUGCCGUGGCCCCGUGAGUUGGUGUGCAGUGUUUGUGUGUGAGCUCGUGUUAAAGGUGAAGCCAUUUGUUUUCGUUGUUUCGGAGCAAUCGAGUCGCAGAAGCAAAUAGUUCAAAAAAUUACUGAGUCGUCUUCCGGUGGUUUCACUUUAGAGAUUACACGGCAUGAAUCAACUGGACAGCAAAGUGUAAAAAAAACCAUUGGAAUUCCCUGUAAGACUGUCUCCUUCUCAGGAUUUUCAAACAAACAGCUGGACACUGCUGCUGCUACAUGUUGAUACCCGCGACAAACAGCAAAGAUAAAACAAUCGAAAACCAACAUAUCAUAUAACACAGUACAUCGUGGGAGCAAACCAAAUAGAACCAUCCUACUCUACGAUAGAACAAACCGACCACGGCACCUCAUUUAAUGGCAGCACAGUCAAACUAGAAGGUGCUCGGCGGAUGAUACACCCAACUUUGAGGAGAACGGUGAUAGCAUUCGUGAACCAUCUUUUGUGAAAUCAAAGCCAUCAUCAAUCAUUAUUAGAUGGAUUAACGAAUGUUUCUGUCGAACCGAGUGAUAGAUUAGUCUUAACAUUAUCUGUGGUUUCAUCUGAAUCACGGGAGUCUUUUCCGAUUGUGGUGCAACUGGAGUCUAUACUUCCUUGUCGGCGUAGCAUUAAGGCAUACAACGAAUUCGGUUGGGAGCUAUAAAGCAACUAAAAAACUACAUAUACUACCACACCUUGUUGCUCCCAUGCUCAACGCCGCCUAUUAGUUUCAUCGAGUUGAAAGCACAAAACGAUCGAAACUACAAUGAAUUUACGGUAUCAGGAAACGUUUUGUAUCACGCUACUUUUAUUCUCCAGUAUUAUCGCAGAAGAUUUCGAUUUCGUUCGAGAGGUGAAGGACGAUGUAAAGCCGCUGGCAGCGGAACCGUUAGGCGUAGAUAGUCGAACAAAACUAAUUCACCAAAAGGCCCUCGAUCAAUGUUUGCCAUCAGAGAACAGGAUCACGCUCUCACUGGUUCUACGGUCCAAAAACUGGAACCAAAUUGAGCAUAGUGUGAAGCAACGCACAAUCAGUACACUUUCGAAGUAUUUCCUAGUACCAGAGGAAUCAUUUAAUGUUCUCAAUAUAAAAAGUAAUGACCUGCGCCAUAUGUUGGAGAAGGCAAUAAAGCAUGGCAAAAAACCUGAUUUAACUAAGAAGACGUUGGGAAUUGUUCAAUUCAAAGUCGGUUGUGGUGAUACAGUCUUCAAGAGCGUUAAGGACACUAUCCGUAAACUCAAUACUUACCUGGCGGAUAUCAACGAUCUAACGGAGGUGGAAUUUACAUCUUGGAUUCUCUUGAAACACGCAGCACCAUCAGGGCCUCAAAGAUCUAAACGGGAAACGACUGACGAUGAUUACGAUUAUGAUUACGAUGAUGAAGAUGAGGACGAUGACGAAGGUGAAACAACUGAAGUUCCCCAUGCUCACCGGCAUCAUCACGGUUCCAGCGAGAAUACUGAUAGUACGACGACAGUUCGUGUCACGAUGGGCAGCACGAGAAGCAAUCUACUCAGUACAUCCACAACUACUCCAAUGGCACCAACGAGAGAUGAUCGGUCUCUACUACCGGUGAUGGAUGUGUUAUCGACCACUUCAUUGCCAAAUUCUGAGUCUCUAGAAAUUGAAGGCUCUGGUUACGAUGCUAACAAAGAACAGAUUAGCUCGAGCGAGAACUCUGCGGAAGCAAUACAAACGUCAACGACCACCAUGAUUAGCAAUAACUUUCCGCUAACCACGUCUAGCCCGAUCGAGCCCAGUGCCGUUGCACCUUACUCAAAUGAAGACAGUCAUGAAGAUACCCAGAGUGAGGAAAUAUUCGACGAGAAGGAUGAGGACUACUAUUCACACGGGGCCACGACAACACAACGCACGGCCGGAGCGUCUGUCACAACACCCAGGCAAGCCCCCACGGCCACGGUAAAGGAUACAGAAUACAACUACGAUGAUGAGUAUGACGACGAAGAGAAUGAAAACAUCGAUAUUGAGCCUACGACCACCAGCUCUGUACCGGAAUCGCGUAACGUUCCAUCCAGCACCGAAAAGACGGUGCCGUCGACUACAGAGGCAACCACUCCAACAACUACGACAAUAGCAUCAACCUCAACGACAACCACCACCACGAUGGCCCCAACAACUACGCCGACCACCACCUCUACCACAACGACAACUACAACGACCGAGGCUCCAACAACGACCACAACAAUCGUGACGACAGAGCUAGAUGAACCAACGAAUCUCCCUCCAAUCAUCAAGAACCGAUUCCCGAAACAACCAGUCAUUGCCGGAAAAGUGUACAACUACAUAAUCCCCAUAGAAACGUUCCUUGACAACGAAGAUGGCAACAAUUUGCGACUGGAACUGUUCGAUAGCCGGGAGCAACCAUUGAAGCAUAACUCUUGGAUUCAGUUUAACGAAGAAACCAGAGAGAUCUAUGGCUUGCCCCUCGAAAAGGACGUUUCCAGGUGGCAGUACAAGUUGCGCGCAACCGACUCGGGCAAUCUAACCGUCACAGAAACGGUCGACAUCGUGGUACAGCAGCAUAAAUCCCACCGAAGCGUUAAUCAUGAGAUUAGUCUGGCUUUGCGGUUGAGUCGCAAGUUCACAAACAACGUCGACUGGCAGAUGGUGGCUGUUCGCGGUAUAGCGAAGGUGGUAGAUGACAGUACGCUGAAUAACAUUGUCGUGCGGGACAUUCGCAACAGCUUGCAAGAUCCUAAGGUAGCCACGCUGGUCUACACGAACGAGACAUUGCCUAAAGAUCGCUGCCCGGAAGAGAAGCUGGACGAGCUGGUGGCGCUGCUUACGGAGAAGGCACUCAAUGAUGCUCUCUUCCCUGAUAUUACGGUUAAAUCGAUCGAAGGCCAGCAGAUUGGUCAGUGCACCAAGCCGACUCUUCCGAAGGCCAAACCGACGCAAAGCAUUUCGCGCAACUAUGGGCCUCAGGCACGCAAUCAGGUGGACCAGGUUAACGCAACCGUUGGGCAUUUAUUGGUAUUCAAAGUACCGACCGAUACCUUCUAUGAUCCAGAAGAUGGCAACGAACUGAAGCUGAAACUGCUUACAACCGAGCGCCAAUCUCUCGAUACGUACCAUUGGUUGCAGUUUGAUAGUAAAAACCAGGAAUUCUAUGGUGUACCACGACCGAGUGACAUUGGACGUAAAGAGUAUCUUUUGAUGGCAGAGGAUCGUGAGGGUCUUACGGCCACGGAUGCAUUGGUGGUCGUUGUGAAUCCGAACCACAAGCGUGAUUAUAGUGUUUUGUUUGAGCUCACCCUUGAUACGACGCAUGAGCAAUUCAACACGGCACAGGUGCAACGACGCUUUAUCGAACGUUUGGCGUCCGUGUUUGGUGAUUCCUCAACACAUUACAUCAGGAUCAAUCACAUCCGACCAAUACAUCAUACCGGUCAGGUGCAGGUGUCGUUCUUCAACACCACACUUAACCGACAGCAUCAACGCUGUCCAGAGGAGGAAAUUGAAGGUCUCCGCAAUAUCCUGCUGCACCAGGAUAGCACCAUACGGGCGAAGGUGCGCGAAACGCUUGGCCAAGAGUUUAGUCUACAAAAUGUGAGCUUAGUGCCGUUGGGUAACUGCCAUGGGUUCGAUACGCCACACCAUGCAACCAGUGAGCCUGAAAAGGCCAUAACACCGCCCAUCUCUAAGGACGACUAUCUGCUCACAUUCGUGCUGCCAACGGUCAUUAUCCUGGUCAUGUUGCUUAUCGCGUCCAUCAUCGCUUGUGUGCUGUACAAGCGGCGGUUAACGGGCAAGAUGGAACUCGAAUAUAUCAAUUUCAAACCUAUCGCCUCGACGUCGUCCCAUCCCCAAGGUACCGACGAAGAGCGAAAGUCGUUCCGUUCCAAGGGCAUACCGGUGAUCUUCCAGGACGAGCUAGACGAGAAGCCAGAAAUCGGCAACAAGUCACCGGUGAUACUGAAGGACGAAAAGCCACCACUGCUGCCACCAUCCUACAGUAGCACCAACAAUGACGGUGAUAACGAGGACGUCGAUGAGUACGUGCCACCACCCGCGGUCGUCGUCGGUGGUCGUGAAUCGCGUGGUAAAUCCCCCGUCACACCUUCCUACCGACGACCACCGCCCUACGUGUCUCCAUAGAGUGAGCAGAAUCGCUCGGGAUUGGUCUUGAUCCAGCGAAGUUAGAUAUGUUUUAUUUUUUGUUUUAAUUUCACUUAAUUGAAUAUCUUUUGCGUUCGAUAUUUACCAACACCACACCAAAAAAACAAUUAAAUGAGGAAACAACAAAUCGUAAGCAAAAGGAAACCGUCAACGAACCGCGAAGUGCUUGAAUGCUGAAGUACUGUGUGUUAUUACCCUCACGGUUUUUUGUAAGCAAAAACGGUUUUGGGUUCUUGCAUUGUACAAACAUACUUAGAGCAAUGCAUGAGAAUGAAUCCCCGGGAAAAAAGAUGCAGAAGAACAGCAGCAUGAACUAUGGAGGGAAAAUACGGAAUGUAGCUGUCCCAUGAAAAAAGGGACGCGCGGCUAGUGGGUAAGGAAACUUUCAAUUAAUAGUCAGCGACGAAUUACGUUCGGGUAGUGUUUAGGUGCGUGUAGUAGUGUAGUAGUUAAGCAUUUUAAGUUACUCGCUGGAGCGCUUUUACAGUAGGGCAUCGGAUACAAAACGCGAACGUAGACGUUCCGUUGAACACCGUUAGUUUACCAGAAGUCAGUCCGGACGGCUUAAAAGUGGCAAUAGUCAGGCCACGAACGAACCAUUUUGACAUUUUGAGGCACGAUUUACUCGGUUGUCUGGACACAAGUAUAGAAGGCAGCAAUGAGUAGUAUCAUUUAUGAUUAUUUAUAUCUCAAAUUCCUCGACCGCCCGAUUUUCUCGUUCGGCCGAUGGUGUAAAACAGACAGAAGUUCGCUGAUAAAUUGUAUCCUUAGCAUUAGCGUUGGUUCCUUUAAACUACUCACCACAAACACACUCUCCUUCGUGACAUGCGCGAACGCACAAUCAACAGCCGAGUAUGAAGGGGCGUUAAGAGCGUGUAACGUUAAGCGCUGCUUUCGACUGUACGGGAAGAACCUUUCUCAGCUAAAUCCUUCCCUGUUCGAACUCGAAUGUGUAAGCUAACAACACCGAACACAGCACAGUGUCCAGAGUCAUAAUAACGAGCAGACAUUGAAACCAUUUGCACCUCCCUUGAAUCCAUACUCUAAUGAGCUUAAACUGAUGCCCGAUGAUAACGGACGAUAGAAUGAUAUUAGAAACUCACAAACGGACAGAAGUAUGUACUCAUUUUGAUAAAGAGCCGCUACACCGCUUCUAACAGUCAGAAUGGUAGCGCGAACGGCACCACCAACACUGACUUUGCUCAUCCCUGCCUGCCAUAAAGAUUGAUUUUGUGAACAGAUUUCUAUUGACCCGGAUGAUGCCAUAGGGAAGCCCGUCGCGCAUAGCCUAUGUAUUUCGUCACAAUCGCACAAAUCACUGAAAAUAAGUUCCAUGUCGCCAUUUUACUGCAUUAUCACUGCCACUGUGUUCGUUUGUAGAGCUAAUUCGCCAUUUAUCUGCAUGUCUGACAGGAAAGGUAUACUGCAGGGAUCAAUAUGAUGCUAUUCAAUACUUUUCUUGUUGCAGAGCUUGUUCAGUAAGUCGAAAACAAACUCUCAUCAGUUCUAGACGCCAUAAGUGGCAGCGCAAAGGAGGUUCUCCUAUUGAUCUUUCAAACCACACAGUCGCUAGGUAAACAGUCUUUCAACAAGAGAAAUAUCAAUGAUAAACUACAGAAGGGUGAAGAUUGAGGAGAUAGGAGGAUCAAGGAUAUUCAUUUUGUUCCAUCUACAGCUAGAUACCAUUUCAUAAAUGGACAAAGCCAUUUGGAGUCCCCCUCCCCCCGCCUCGAACGCGCGUGGGACUGCACAUUCAUUUGUAUAAAACAAGCGUUUACAUGCAUGCAUUCAUCGAUUCAUCAACGUUAAUCUCAUCCGCAUGAGUAGCAUGUGUACUUUUGUGUCGCUGUUGCAAACGAAGCGCGAUCUGCAUUAUUAGACCAAUUAUCAUAAUCGCAGCUUCGCGCUCCCGUGCGUAAGCGGUGGACGAGUAUGAACCAUCCGUUCAGGAAGUAGUUUUGAAUCCACGAUCGACAAAGCCGCGCGUCUUCAGUAGACAAUUAUUCGCAAUCGAGCAUAUACAUGUAGUGUGCAUCAGAAUCGUUUGAACGAUUACCAACCGAUAUCAGUUCAAUCAGAACUAGAAAUAGUCGGUCAAAGUUGUGCUACGUGGAUUGAGAAUUAAAAGCGCACGAUGUGUAGUAUAUGCAGCUUGGAGGAAUAAGGACGUAAACCGCUUUUCAAUCAUCAUUCUGGUAGGAAUGCGAGCCUCAACGCUCCUACGAUCGAAUAGCGAAUACCAUGAAUGGCAUUCGGAGAUUGAGUCGCUUCUGUUGAAGUAGUAGAUGACGGAAACACGAAUAAUGCAGGGUAUGGCGAUAGAAGAAGGGAGCGUAAAGGCGCGGCAGUAAAGUGAAGGAAUAGAGAAGUACUAAGUAUAUUAUAUAAUGAGUAUGGAUAAUUAAGGUAUAUUUAAAAAGGAAAAGAAUGAAUACGCAGGAAAACGAGACGAAGUCUAAACACACAUACACACACACACACGCAUAC